UUUAUUUUAUUUUAUUAUUUCUGACACGAGAAGACCUUCGUCUUCUCUACGGAGUCAAGAUCUCAGUUCUGAUGGUACCCAGGGAAGGCUUCUUGGCCCUGCUCUCGGUGCGCGCCUGCUGCUUCUUGUUCUUCUUGAUUCGAGCUCGACAGGCGUUUUCUCAGAACCAGACUUGCGAUUCCAAGGAUCUCAACGCGUUGCUGGGCUUCGCGAAUGAGCUCGAUCUGGCUAAACUGGGGUGGGUUCUAAAUGGCUCUUCUUCCGGUUCCUGCUGCGACUGGCCUGGAGUCACCUGCGGCCCUCCGACGGUAAACGGGAGGAGGGUGGUCGGAUUGGAUCUCGGCGGAAAGAGCUUGAGAGGCUCGAUUCCCUAUUCGUUGGCCGGAUUGGAUCAGCUGAAAAGGCUCGACCUUUCUGUGAAUUAUCUGCAAGGAGUGGUUCCCCCGCAGCUGCUCCGACUACAUCUGCUGGAGUUCAUCGAUCUCAGCACGAACCAGCUCGAGGGAGUGAUUCCAUCGAACCUGAGCCUUCCGGCGAUUCAAGUGUUCAACAUCUCUUACAAUCAAUUCACCGGCGGCCACCCGAUCCUCGGAGGCUCCAGCAAUCUGACAUCCUUCGACCUCACUUCCAACGAUUUCUACGGCCCGAUUGAUGCCGGCAUCUGCAAUUCCUCAGCCAAGAUAAGAAUUCUCCGCUUCUCGGAGAACAGGUUCUACGGCGACCUUCCCAGAGGUCUCAAGAGCUGCAGCUCCCUCACCGAGCUCUGGCUCAGCAUGAACGACCUCGGUGGAGACUUGCCUGAUGCUUUGUUCGACAUGACAUCCAUGACGCAGUUAUUCCUCCAGGGGAACCAGUUCUCCGGCGAUCUCAGCACAAACAUGAGUAAUCUUUCCAACCUUGUCGAGAUCGAUCUAUCCCUUAAUAGAUUCUCUGGGUUCAUCCCAGAUGUGUUUGGUAGCCUCGCAAAGCUCGAGUCUUUCUCUGCUCAGUCCAAUAAACUCGAAGGUAAUUUGCCUUCUUCCUUGUCCGACUUAUCAUCGCUCAGAGUGCUGAAUCUGAACAACAACUCCCUUAGUGGUGAAAUCAAUCUCAAUUGCACUGCAAUGCCCAAAUUAAGCACCCUCAAUCUUGGUUCAAAUUCUUUUUCUGGCCCCAUCCCUGACAUGCUUCCCCACUGUGUGCAACUCACAACUUUAAAUCUUGGCAACAACAAUCUUACUGGAGAAAUCCCCCACAGCUUCAAGAACUUCACUUCACUUUCUGAUCUGUCUCUCACUGGUAACCACUUCUCUAACAUAUCAUCAGCCUUGCAAAUCCUGCAGUAUUGCCCGAAACUUACUCGUUUGAUCUUGACAAGGAACUUCCAUGGUGGUGAAAUGAUGCCGGUAGAUGCAAUUCAAGGUUUUAGGAAGAUGGAGUUGCUUGUCAUCGCAAACUGUGCUCUUACAGGUUCCAUUCCAUCAUGGCUGGCAAACUUGACCCGAUUGAAGGUCUUGGAUAUCUCAUGGAACCGCUUAUCUGGAUCAAUCCCAAAAUGGGUUGGGAACCUUGACGACCUCUUUUACUUGGAUCUAUCAAAUAAUUCCCUCAGUGGACAGCUUCCUAAUAGCUUGACACAGAUGAAGAGCCUUGUGUCCGGCAACAAGUCACCGCGAGUUAGCUCAACGGAGAACUUCCCAUUCUUCAUCAAGAGGAAUUCGAGUAGAAAGGGCUUGCAGUAUAAUCAGGUCAGCAGCUUCCCCCCAUCACUGAUUCUGGGUGAUAAUAUGCUUGUUGGGCAGAUUUUGCCAGGAUUCAGGAACCUUGUAGUUCUCCAUGUGUUGGACUUGAGCUGGAAUAAUCUUUCGGGAAACAUACCGGCAGAGCUGUCGGGCAUGACAAGCUUAGAGAUCUUGGAUUUGUCACACAAUAAUCUCACAGGAGCAAUACCUUCCUCUCUCACCAAUCUUAGUUUCUUGUCAAAAUUUGAUGUGGCAUAUAACAAUUUAGUCGGACAAGUCCCUGCUGGAGGCCAGUUUUCAACCUUCUCAAGAUCUGACUUUGAAGGCAACCCUGGGCUCUGUGGCUUUCUCUCAUCACCCUGCGAAUCCAAAGAUCCUUUACCACCUGCAAGCAGAGAAAAUAACAUAGUGACCCUAAAAGAAAACAAAACUAAAUCUGCCAUAGUGAGUUUGUUGAUUGGAAUUGGAGUUGGAAUUGUGACAAUUAUCCUUCUUGCUGUUGCUUACCGGGUCUUCUUAAAAAGUCGUUCUGGAAGUGUCAUGUACUGCUGAGUGUGUAACAAUGAUAGCCCACCAUAUGUUUUGCCUAUUUA